CUAGAGGUUGGGACAGUGUCAGUGACAGCGGUGCCAUGGAGUGGGCGUGAGCGGGUGAGUGAGUGAGUGUCAGCUCCACAGACCCCUGUGUAAGGCCGCCCCUCCCAUCUGCGGUCCAUGUGCCAAAACAAACCGCCUUUCCUAUUUAUUGCAGCCGGACAGUGGCGGCUCCUGGGCACAAGCAGCGGCUGCUCCCUUACACAGCGCGGGGACUGAAAAGCACCGGCGGCUCAGCGCCAGGAGUGACAGAGAGGGAUCAGCCGGGAGCCGCAAAUACAGCGAUCUGUGCCGGGAGCACCUGACACCUGCGCCCUCCGCUGGGAGGCACCGAGAACAAGCCUGGGCUACACCCCCUGAGACCGGCCGCAGAGUGACAGCAGUCCGGGAUACAGAAGCGCUGAAAGAGCCAGAGUCCAAGUGCCGGACAUUCCACUGCCGCUUAUCUGGGGAGCGAGGUGACCAGGAUACACAUCCAUCUUAUCCCCCGGAGCUCAGAGUGUCCGAAUCGGACUAGUGACCUCCUGCCCGGGGCUACAAAGGAAGACUUCCAGGAAACAGAUACCGAACCUAGAGCAUUAGCCAAUACCAACCGGGCACAGUGGCACCAGCCGCGGACUCAGACCUCUAUUCGCGGGAGCGCAGUGAUAUCACAGCCUCUGCCCAGGAGAGACACAACUCAGAGCCAGUAGCGCAGAGGGACUGUAUCCAGUGGCAGACACCUGUCCCCGGGGCGCAGUGACACCAUCUCGGGGCAUAGACACAUAUCCCGGGGGCUCCGAGUGACACAAGUCCCCUGAGUGCUUUAGUCCCCCCUGGCUGGGCUUGAGGAGGUGUCGGGCGGCGGAUGGAGCUGUCCUGAUCAGCAGCCCAGGGAGCCCCAGCCGCCCCAUGCAGUUGCCCAGGGUUGUGCUGCUUCUCUGCGCCGCUGCGCUGCUCCUGAGCGGGGCGGUGCGGGGUUGCGGACCUGGAAGGGUGGUCGGCAGGAGGCGCAGACCGACCAAGCUCAGCCCGCUCUCCUACAAGCAGUUCAGCCCGAAUGUACCCGAGAAGACCCUGGGGGCCAGCGGCAGGUACGAAGGGAAGAUCUCCCGCAACUCAGAACGCUUCAAGGAACUCACCCCCAACUACAACCCGGACAUUACAUUCAAGGACGAGGAGAAAACGGGGGCAGACCGGCUCAUGACCCAGCGCUGCAAGGACCGUUUGAAUUCCUUGGCUAUUUCUGUCAUGAACCAGUGGCCUGGGGUUAAACUGAGAGUGACCGAAGGUUGGGAUGAGGAUGGCCACCAUUUAGAAGAAUCCUUGCACUAUGAGGGACGUGCUGUCGACAUCACUACAUCAGAUCGUGAUCGCAAUAAGUACGGGAUGCUAGCUAGGCUGGCAGUGGAAGCUGGAUUUGACUGGGUCUACUAUGAGUCCAAAGCCCAUAUCCAUUGCUCAGUGAAGUCAGAACAUUCUGCCGCAGCCAAGACCGGAGGCUGUUUCCCAGGAGAAGCACUGGCCACGUUGGAGUCUGGUGAGCAGAUACCCGUUUCCCACCUGCGCCCGGGCCUACGUGUCCUGGCUAUGGACAACAGUGGGAGGCCAACAUACAGUGACUUUUUGAGCUUUCUAGACCACAAUCCCAAAGAAGAGCAUGUGUUCCAGGUUAUAAAGACUCAAGACCCCCACCGUCAGUUGUCCUUAACACCAUCACACCUGAUUUUUGUAUCAGACAAUUAUUCCACACCAGCUUCAGAUUUCCAGGCAGUAUUUGCAAGCAGUGUAAGGCCAGGGCAAUAUAUCCUGGUAUCAAGUGUGGUGGGGCUGAUACCUGCUAAAGUAAAGUCAGUGAGUAUGCAGACAGACUAUGGGGCUUAUGCUCCUCUAACUCAGCAUGGGACACUGGUGGUGGAUGAUGUGGUUGUGUCCUGUUUUGCCCUGGUACAGAAACAGAGGUUAGCCCAAAUGGUCUAUUGGCCUCUCAGGGUACUCUACAAAUUAAGGAUAAUGGCAGGAACAGAACCAUCACAGCAGAUGGGCAUUCACUGGUAUAGCAAAGCUCUGUAUCACUUGGGCAGGCUAAUACUUCAUGGGAAUGAGUUCCAUCCUUUGGGAAUCGUUCAGCUGGAGAGCUGAGCCUAGCAUGGGCAGGAAACAAGAGAACAUGUUGCUAAGAACCUUACUUUGGACAUAUCAACUGUUUCUGCCUUUGUUGUCCGUUGACUUUGACAGAGAUAGAUUUAUAGAAAGGGUAGCUGCUGACUUGGUCCUAUGGACCUUCUAUUAGAACUAAUGAAACUUGUUUCUCAGACCAAAGUUGGAUCGGUUUUCUCAGAGGACUUGGCUUCAGAAUAGGCUGGACUUUCUAUGUAACAAAUAUAUUCUGAAUGAUUAAUCAAUUAAGUCUUCUCACAUUUGGUAAGCUGAAACACCACCUCAACAAAAUGGUACAACAGAAGCACUACAUGUUAAAAGUGUUGUGUGAUCAUCACAAGGAACAUGAUUACCUUCAUAUCAAUUGCUCUCCAGGAGCAUUUCAGGAACACCCGGACAGAGUAUUGUCUCCACACACAUGUUCAAAAAAUUGAAAGAGAUUAUCAUUGUGGGUACUACUCAGCCACCAAGUGGGAUGGGCGAUCUUCAGCUGUGACCAUGAAGGUUCCUUGAGAAGAUCCGGCUUCAACUCUUAUUUCCCACAAUGGUCUACUGGUUGUAGGUUGGAAGGGUACUGACAAAAGCAGACACAUCAUAUUCCGUUUAAGCAUGGUUGUUGUUCUUAUUUUAUUUAAUAAUUUCCAUAAAUAUGCUUUUCUUUAGUGUGCUGCUAACUCAUAAUACUCAAGUGUCUCUUUUCAGAGGAGCACUCUUGUUGCUUGUAAGAAGGGGGUUGUAUAAGUGUCUGGCUGCCCCAGAAGCAGGUGUAGUAAAGCCUACAGCUACUAGACAAUUUCUUGAGGGGCAGCAUGGAGAAACCUGCAUUAACAUGACUAGGUCUAGUAACCCAGAGCAACCAAUCAGUUGUUUGCUUUCAUUAUCAUAGCUAGACAAGACCAGUAAAGGCAUUAAAAAAGUUCUCCAGGAGCUGAGGGUCUGUCUUGUGGGACUAAGGGUUAUUAUCUCUGCCCAUAAACAGCAGAUCAAUGCAGUAUAAUUAAAUUAUUAUUAUUGUAAUGGAAUGAACGGAUAAUUAUUGUAUCUAAACCUGUUGCACCCCUUUGCCCCUGGUCUUAAAAAAACUUACUAUAGAGUGCAGUAGAGGGUCAUCUGGGCCUGAGCACAACCCACUGGUAAAUUGACUUAAAAUGUUCAUUCAAGAGUGCAUUUUCAGUCUCAGUAAAAGUUUCUAACCAGUAUGGCUCUCAGGUGUAUAUAAUAUAAAACUUACUGGAAUUAUACUAGAGAGGGGUCCACUAGGGGUUCCCUGAAAUCCUGACAGGCCAGGCCGACCCUGGGACCACCAUCUAUAAACAGUGCUUUGUGGCAGAAUGCACCAUGUGGAAAAUGUGCAACAGCAGGAACAAUGUAUUAGUUUGAUGGAACACACUGCCCAUGAUCAUUGCAUGCUUGUAUUAAUUGUCCAAUAAAUGGACCUUAUAAGAGGUACACCUAAUUUAAAUACAGUAGAACCCCCAUUUUACAUCCCCUGAUUUUAAGCUUCCCCUCAUUUUACAUUGUUGUUUUGUAGUCCCACCUAUAUUUUAUGCAUAAUACAUUUCCCUGAUUUUACAUUUUCCUGGAUUUUACAUAAUUUCGGGUCCCCUGAAAAACGUAAAAUGGGGGUUCUACUGUAUGCAAAUAUUUGUAGUCCUUAGUUACUAUAUUAUAACAAGGGCAUACAAUUUCUCACCCACCAGCUUUUGUGCACUACAGGCCCCAGCAUCCUCAGUGACUGGUCCACAGGUAACAACCCUGAGUUAGCCAAUUAGCUGGAAGCCAGGGAAAACAUAUAUUAGUAAUUGAUGGCGGAUGGCUAUUUACUAGUAAUGACUGCAUCUAGCUGCUCUUACCUACCCAAAACAGUUCAGCUUGUGCCAAAUGGCUGGAGGCAACAAUUAUGAAAAAACUAAGUAUUGUGGGCACUUGAUGGCAAUUGCAAGAUGGCAAUCAGAUAAGAUGACACUGCAUGGACAGAGGAAAGGGUAUAUUUCUGCCAGCCCACCUAUUUAUUUUAUCAUGCUAAUAUGUACAAUAGAUGUAUAAAAUGUUUCUUGUUGAUAUAUAAUAUAUAAAAUUAUAAAGCAAAUUGUUAUUAUUAUUUUAUUUCUGCCAGUUCUUUAAGGCUUGAUGGGAGCUGAUGGUUUUUAGGAUGAGUUUUAUUUAAGGUUAAUUCUCAGAAAAUCUCUCAAGGAUGAGGUAAAGCUUUUUGGUGGAAGAGGAAUCUGCAGACUAAAGAGCUACCAUACCCCUAUUCUGUUCCUGCUAAAUUGUGCUUAGUGCAGGGGAGUAACUACAGUGGCAUAGUUGUAUGGUAUCUCUCUGUACUGGCUAUGAGCAAAUGUAGGGGGUUGUUCCUGCUGAAUUGUACGUAUUACAAUUGAAUACCUACACUGGUAUAGAUAUAUGGUACUGUAUCUCUGUACAGGUAUGAGAAAACACAGAGGGCUGUUUCUUUGUGAAUUGUGCUUAGUACAGGGAAAUACCAUUGCUGCCAUAGUUCUAUGGUAUCUCUCUGUACAGGCUAUACCUAUGGCUAUGAUGUCUGAAUUGUAUAAAAAGCAAUUGUAAACCAAUGCUGGCAUAGUUGUGUAGUUUCUCUCUAUAUAGGUUAUAAGAACAUCUAGAAAAUUGUCCCUGUUAUUAUGAAUAGUAAAUAGACUGCAACUCUGUGAUAUUGGGGUCCACUCCAUUCUGCUAGGUGCCGUACCUUUUAUUGACUUCUUAAAAGGAUUAGGUUGCCAAACUGACUGUAGUGGGGACACAGCAGUGAAUUCUUAAUACUCUUGGAACAAUAGGGUAUUGGGUGUAGGGUGUUGUGUCUCUCCCUAGACUUGAGGCUUUAUAAAAUGCUGAGCUGUAAAGCAGGACUUUAGCUCAAGUCGUCCAAAAACAUAUAUUGUUGGGGUGUAACAUGAUUGGAGGAUUAUGGGUGGAAAGAAAGAAGACUGUGGCCAGGCAGCUGUUGACCAUGGCAGCUAAGGCACGGCUAAACUACAAGUUGAAUCAGUAACAUGUUCACAGCAAACCAAACAAAAUAUGUAUUCAUUAUGAUGUCUGAGUUUUGGAGUUGUAUAGACUAAAAGGUUGGGUUGGAUGAUCUGCAGGUUCCUCUUCAGCAGGUUCUACUAUGUGGGAAAGGGUUCAGGUAAUAAGAUGUGAUGUUCUUCAGCUUCAUCAGAGAAAGUGCUCCUUAGAGAAAGAGUUCGGCAAAGCUGAAAAAGACCCCUGUUACAGGGUGGGCAAUGUUCUGCACAUCAACAACAGAGAAGCUCAUACAGAAUUUCAGUCUAAUGUCAAGCACAAUGUAGCUCAGGUUUUCCAAUAAAUUUCAGUUUCAACUCA